GGAAGCCCUCCUCGACAUGCCACGAAUCUGGUCAAAUCUUUCUGUCGCAAUACCUCGCCAUAUCGUUAAAUCUGUUCCAGUCCUCAAGCGGCGGAUCGAAUUAGCCAAAGGCACACCUCUCAAUGUCACCCUUAGUGCUCAAUGCGAAGGACGCAAAUUGGGAGUGGUAAAGAACCUUCAUUCCCUCGUAUUCGCUACCGGAACUCACCGUUGGCGUUCGCUGACUAUAUUGUGCGGGCAGCACGAUGAGUUGAAGGAUUGGAUCCCUUCCAUCUUUCAUGGAGAAUUUUCUUCCCUUGAAGAACUGGAUAUCCAGUACACAUACACGCCAGAGGAUGAUAUUUACGAACCGAUAUACCUUAGCAUCGAAAGUACGGCCAAUCGCCUCCUUUCCGUCAGUCUCGUUGAAAGUCAAAUUUUGCCCGAAUUUUUGGAACGGAAACGUGACUUUUACUCCGGUCUCGUAACGUUCAAAGCUGGAUUACACCUCGCUUUGGGAUUGCGAUCACAUAACCUUUUGAAUUUGGAGCUCCGUGGGGAUCAGUUGAUAGGAGACGUAUCCAAACUGAAGUUUCCCCCAACCCUUUCCCUUCCAUCCCUUUCCUUGGAUUUGUUUCAACAGUGCAAGUUUGACAAUGUCACCCACUUGGCCGUUCAUAGGCUAGAAGCGGAAGGUUCCUGGGCAAUAUGGACCGUCAAUCUACCGUCCUUACUAUCCCUUACGUGUCGAAUCGCCAAGCUUUCUGCUCUUCCAAGUAUACAAGCUCCUCAUCUCAAGUACUUUUCCAUGGGUAUAUGGACUCCAAGUCUUGACCAUUGGAGACGUCCGGAUAACCAAGAAGAUCGGGAUAUCACAAGAGUUUUUCAAGCAAGAACAUUUUCCAUACAGAUUAGACCUACGACAUUACGCCUUGAAUCUCCUAUCCCUCUGCAAUCAUUAUGCGUCAUUCUACAAAGAUGGCCUCAGAUAGAGCACCUCUCAUUCCAUGGUGGAUACGAUUGCACUUCGCUAAAGGAGCUCGAGA